AUGGCGGGCCUUGGGGAGGCGACCUCUCCGCCAAGGGCGUGGAGUUUUUUGAGAGAUGGGGAGAUCGUCCUCCCAGAAGAGGCGAUACAAGAGAGCCUUCGCAACCUCGCCGUCACCAUCAUUCGGCACAAACAGCUCAUUGCGAGCCACCACGGCGUCGCCUUCGAUGAGGGCGACCCACUUCUGCACUUUGUGUCCGUCACACACGGGCGCGCGCCCACCGCUGGGCGCCUCUUGAGGCUCGAAGACCUCAACACACAACAAGUGUUGAGCUUCCCUCACUGGGAGGGCGUCUGGUGCGCCACCAUCGCCGACGUGCUCUCCAUGCACGACGAAACGCUCGAGGCGCCGAGCAGCAAGCUCAUGCACAACCACGGAAGCACGAGCCACGAGAGCGAUGCUCCAUUCACUGUCGCCCACAUGCAAGCCCUGCUGAGAGAUAUUUGGGCACAGAUCACCGACCCACGUUUCGUCGGCCCACUCGAAGUUGCGGUGAGAAUCCACGAGCACGCGCAGACUUUCCGCAAGGCAGACCUCGACUACACCUUUCAGCAGACCUUCGUCGAAGUUUGGGAGAGAUACUCGAUGCAGGAGAAGACCGACAUACUCAACAACACUCUCGGAAUGCUCGACGUCGCUCACAUGAGACCGGAGGAGAUACAUGAAGAUCUUCGAGUCCACUGCUUUCCAAAGAUCAUUCAAGCCAGUCACGAGGAGCUCGGCAUUCCAUACACAGGACCCGCCCAAGGCGAGCCGUACAACCAGCAACAAGCACCAGAGCCAGCACUCCCACCCGCCGAUGAGAACACAUGCUGCUGCCCACCGAACUGCGCCUGUCGCAUCGUCUGUCAGUACGGUAUUCACGAGUGCGAAUGCAAGGCGAGAAGAAGCAAGACUAGAUCAGCACCAGCACCCACUCCUGAAGCUUCUUCAUCUCCAGCGCCACCACCGCCUCCAGCGAGCGGCAGUUCACGUCCACGCGGCAAUACGACAGGCAGCCAUCGCUUCCACCAUCCUCAAGGCGCGCACCAGCCUCCCCGCCGCCAACCGCUCAAGGACGUCUACCCAACAGAUUUCUACCUGUCGCGAGGUUCUGGCCGUUAUCCAGCCUUCAGUUCCAGUCCUCCAGAAUCUCAGCCGGCGACUUUCGCGAGUUCAUCUUCCCCAUUCCAUCCACCGGCAGCGAGGACCACACCAGCACCUCCUGAGCAUCAGCCGGCGACUUUCGCGACGUCAUCUUCUCCAUUCCAUCCACCACGAGAGAGGAUCACACCAGCACCUCCAGCUCACUUCCCACCGCCAUCGAGUACCACACAGUCGCCGCUCGAUCUCUUCCCACCGCCAGCGAGAGCCACACUAGCGCCUUUCACGCCGCCACCGAGGACCACACCAGCACCUCUGUCUCUCUUCCCAUCGACAGCAAGAACCACACCAGCACCUCCAGCUCACUCUCCACCACGCACACCAGAAGAGACCUCAGCACCAUCCCGUCCGAGCCUCACCAACAGACGUCUCGUCUCCGCCGGCGGCAACCUUCCACUCUCCGCACGCCCAUCUAUCCCAGAAACCUACUUGCCGGCAGCGCCAGCAGAGCGCGGAUUUUCCAUUUCCAGAGAGGAGUAUGCCGCUUUGCCAACACCGAGACGCGCUCAGAAUCCUGCUCCUGCCUAUACUAUUGGAGGAAGUGAAGCCGCGCCUUCCCGCAAAAGACGCCCAUCGUGGAUGAAGAGAGUUUUUGGCAGUAAGAAGGGCAGUAGCGAGUAG